AACGGACCCGGGAAGAUGGCGGAGGCGGCCGAGGCAGCGGAGGCCGAGCCCGCCGAGCCCGCCGCCUUCAAGCGCCCGAGCCGCCCGCUGCCCGCCCCCCCCGGGCCCGGCGACCCGGGGCCUAGCCCGCCGGGAGCCCCCCGCGCAGCCGCCGCCGCGCCGCCCGCGCCGCGCUACGAGGAGCCGCCGUGGGGCAGCCGCCCGCCCGCCGGCUCCGGGUACGGGCUGGAGGUGCUGAAGGGCGGCGUGGUGCUGGGCUCGGUGCGGCUGGAGGACAGCAGCUGGUUCUUGGUGGGGCGGCUGCCCGGCUGCGCCGUGUCCCUGGAGCACCCGUCGGUGUCGCGGCACCACGCCGUGCUGCAGUACCGCGGCGCCGGCUGCUCCCCCGACGACCCCAGAGGCGCCGAUGCCGCCGGGUUCUACGUGUACGAUCUGGGCAGCACCCACGGCACCUUCCUCAACAAGGCGCGGGUGCCGCCCCGCACCUACUGCCGGGUGCGGGUGGGCCACGGGCUGCGCUUCGGUGGCAGCUCCCGCCUCUUCCUCCUGCAGGGACCCAAAGAGGACCAGGAGUCUGAGUCAGAGCUAACUGUGACUGAACUGAAGGCACUACGCAAGCAGCAGCAAGCAAAAUUAGAAAAGACAAUGUUGGGAGAGGACUCUGAUGAGGAAGAUGAGAAAGAGGAGAGAAAUGAAAGCAGUCAGAAUAGUGAUAUGAGCUGCUCAUGGGGCAUGGGGGAGGAUGCUGAGGAGGAUGAGGUUGAAGAAAACCCUAUUGCUGUUGAUUUUCAGGAUGUUCAAGAUGCCUUUUAUAUGAAAGACCCUAGGAAGGCCUUACAGGGCUUUUUUGAUAGAGAAGGAGAAGAGUUAGAAUAUGAGUAUGAUGAUCGUGGUCACAACAGCUGGCUAUGCAGGAUCAAGUUGCCUGUGGAUGAUGCAUCAGGGAAGCAGCUAGUGGCAGAAGUUCUCCAUUCAGGAAAAAAGAAGGAAGCAAUGAUACAAUGUGCACUGGAAGCUUGCAGGCUGCUUGAUGCUCGAGGAGUACUGAGGCAAGAAGCAGUAUCCCGAAAAAGGAAAUCAAAGAACUGGGAAGAUGAGGAUUUUUAUGACAGUGAUGAUGACACCUUCCUCGAUCGAACUGGUGCUGUGGAAAAGAAACGACUGAACAGAAUGAAGAAAGCCGGUAAAAUAGAAGAAAAACCAGAGACUUAUGACUCCCUGGUCACAAAGCUAAAAGAAGCAGAAAAUGAGCUUUCUGAAAUAACAGAGAAGCUGAAAGUUUCAGGGAAAGUCCAGUCCCAUCCAGCAGCUCAAGAUUCUUUGGAUGAGUUCAUGACUGAAAUAAAAUCAGGAUGCACGUUAGACAGCGUGGCACGAAAGAAGCUUCACUUGCGGUCGUUUGAACUGAAGAAAGAGCAGCAGAGACUGAAAGGGUUAAUAAAGCUUGUCAAGCCUACAGAACUGCCUGAGCUGAAGCCCCAGAGUGGGAGUUACAGUCUGAAUGCAGAGAACAAGCCUAAAAAGAUGAACCUGCCUCUCUUUGGUGCAAUGAAAGGGGGGAGCAAAUUCAAACUGAAAACUGGAAGCCUAGGGAAGUUGCCUGUUAAGCGUCCAGACAUCCCUGAAAGCUUGUUAAAAACGAAAGAUGAUGGACCAGAGGAGGAGGAGGAAGAAGAAGAAGAAGAAAUUGAAGAGCAGCAAGAAGCACAUGCAGUAAACAGCAGAGUGUCAAACCUAGAAAUGAAGAUGACAAUAGAGAAAGAAACAGGGGAAGAAACUCAUGCUCCUGAUGGCUCCCCUUGCAGUAACAAAAAUCUAGAAUCCCUUCAGGACGGGAUUGAUUUUCUGCCUGAGCCAAAGGUACUGAGGAGUGAAUCUCAAAUGGGACCCUCACAAGAGAAAUCCCAAGCAUCCAAGGUAGUAAAUAAGGAACCUGAAGAGACAUCUGAGAAAGUUAAAAUCAAUAACUCAAGCAAGGUUCAACAACCUUUUUUUUCCUCACAAUACCCAGAUGAUGACCCAGACUACUGCAUAUGGAUUCCUCCUGCAGGGCUGUUGCAAGGUUACAGAAAUAAGAAUAAAUUUCACUGAAGAAAACUGUUAUCUGGUGAAUCAUCCUUCAAUGAAAAGACUGCACAUCUCUGACAUAUGAAUCCACAGGAGCAGAAUACUGGAUUCAGUAACUGCAAAGUAUAAUCUGGGAUAGUUAAGCAAGCAGUGUCCAUAAGAGGGAGCUCUGUUCUUUGGCUCUGCCUGACAAUAAACAGUCAAACGUUCCUUCUAAGCUGGCAUUAUGAGGACUCCAGAAAAAAAACCCAAACAAAACAGCCACAAAAACAGGAGUACCUGAUGUACUCCUAACACUGUUAGUAAAAUUGAAAUGAGUACAUCAAAAGACACAUUGCAAUAUGCAGUCUGACUUUAUCCUCUGUGCUUGUAUGGCUGGUGCUACCUAUAGACUUUUUCAUACAGGAAUACACAUUUCUCUUAGGUAAGGGGUAAA